AUGAACAAUUCAUCACCAACUCCUAGUCAAAACUCACGCGAAGAUGAGAUCCAAGAAUUGCUCAAUGAAUUUGGGAAAUGUUUGAAGAUUUUUCGAUUCGAUUUGGCAAAAGACCUCGUGGAUGAAUUCCGAGCAAAGUUGGGUCAAACGAAUUGCGCGAUUAACGCAAAAGAUAACUCGUGGAGUUUGUUAAUGCAGAGUUUAGCACAAAUUGCCGUUGCUGACAGAAACUAUUAUCAGCUAUCAUUUCUCUUGCCGAAAAUGUUCUUCCGAAAAGAGGACGGACUGCAAAGGACUUAUGCACUUAUUGCUGAAGACCUGAAAAAUGCCGCUCAAAACGUGGCAAUUGGAUCAGUGAGCGAGCAUCUGCUCUCACAAUGUCGUCACUAUGUGAAUGCCAGGAUACAAAUGAUUCAGCUAUAUAUUUUAUUAGCAAACACAGCUGAUAGGGAAUGGGAGGAAUUGACGAGGAGAGCAAAAAUCGAGACCGAACAAACUCGUCGCUUUUCUCAUCCGAAUCUAUUAGCGUUAGCUAAUUUGUACCAAGAUGAAGUCGAUUUACUGUACUUGUUGCUGAAAUUGCAGUGCUCGAUCGUUGAUGGGAAUUUAGUGAAAAGUGUGACAGCGCUGAAAGAAGUGAAAGAUAAAUUUGAUAAAUGGUUGCAACCGUCCGAAGCGGCUGCAGCGAAUCGAGCCGGUUUUGCCUCGUGGCUCUUCAAGGGAUCGAAUGAGAAAACAGCACACAAAAGUCGCUUGAUCACUUGGUUGAUCCAGUUUAAAGCUCAUCUCUUAGCCAAAUUCACGCUUUACUAUUGUGAUAGUCUUGGUCCAUAUUGCAAUCCGACAGACUUGGAUACGAUUUUGACAAAGCAGCAUAUUGUGGCCAAUUCACCGAAUUAUUUGACUCUUUGCCGGGAUUUUGUCUCAAAACGAUCGGAUAUUGAAUACUUUUAUAUUCUAAUGAAUAGAACGGAGAGAGAUGAGCCAUUUUAUGGUUUUCACUAUGUACGCACGCAGAACCGUUUCGAUCAAAGUCAACAAGUUGAGCCGUUGAAAGGAUUACAUGAGAAAUUCCCGAUCAUGCUGAGAUUGCCUAUUCACUAUGAACCAAAUUCUUUACCUAUUCCGCAUAGGGUGGAUCAAUACCACGACGAGAUUGCACAACUUAUCGAAGGAAAUGGUCGGAAAUUCUUUGAAAACACGACUUUGGAUAAGACUUUCUACUGUGAGCGUUUGGAGGAGGAGAUUUACGCGGUGGCGGUUCUUGACGGGAUGAAAAUUCGAGAAGAUGUCUCGGUGAUCGCAUUUCUCAAUGAGUUGGGGUUGCUUGUACUGGUCCUGUUAGAUCAAUCGAUGUCGUGGUAUUCGAGGAUCUACAUGUGGGUGCGCGAGUAUCGCCAACGAAAUCGUGUCAAGGGAUGGAUGUUAACAAAAUCUCUCAACAUCAUGGUCAUCAUACAGCUCAUUUUCUUGGGAUAUUUUCAAGUGAUGUACCUUUAUGCUGUGUGCUGGCAGAUGCUUGAACAUAAACAACAGGCUGUGUUCUAUAUUUGCGUCUUUGAAGGGAUUACCAUAUUGGCUUUCUGGUCUUUUAUGGCAACCAUCAUGACUCCGGUAGCUAAAGUUCCAGACAAAUUCAGGGCAGAUGCGAAAACAGAUGGAGAUCUCAAAGCCAACACUCCGUUCAAUGGGAAACGCUACUUGCCUGAUCAAUCCACUCAAGAUAUGAUGAUGCAACAAAUGGAGAUCCUUCGAACUUUUUGCAGCGAGCGCAACAUUUGCACGAUGGAACGUGAUCAUUUUGGGGAAAGGAUUCGUUACUGCUACGAGUGCCGCCUUGUGAAGCCGGAUCGUGCUCAUCACUGCAGCUCUUGUGGAUUCUGUGUGUUGAAGUUUGAUCACCAUUGCCCAUGGAUCAACAAUUGUGUUCACUACGGCAACUACAAGUCUUUCCUCCUUUAUCUCUCCUAUAGCAUGACUUUUCUUUGCUGGACAACUGUCACUUCGCUCGAGGCCUUUGUUCGAUACUUUGUGAAAGCACAUUGGGUUGAUGAUUUGAUCGCCUUUUUGAUGAUCGCAGUGGGGAUUCUUGGAUGCAUUUGCUUUAUGUACUGGCCAUUGGGAGAAAUGUUCAAUUAUCACCGCGGUUUGGUCGUGCUCAAUGAAACAACGUGUGAACAGGCAAAGAUCCCAAGAAUUGAUGGCGAUCCGCGAGCUGAUUACAACAUUGGCACCUUGGAGAAUUUGCGGCAGGUUUUUACAAUUGUU